CUGGGAAAGCAAGGCCCAUCUUCACCUCUCCACUAGGCCAAGCGUCUGCUGCCGCGCAGGAAACGUGUACCGUCGUAGACCGGGGAAUCCCCAUAGCGCGUAGCAUUUAAGAGCAGAACGCUCAAAGGGCAGGAGGGACCGAGCUUCACUUCCUAACCCACAAUGCACAGAGCGCCUUUCCGGAAGUAAGGACUACAACCUCCUGGAUGUAUUUAUCUGGGCGGAAGCGUUUCGCCUAGAAUCUGAUUGGACGUGACCAACCAAAGCAUUGUGGGACUUCGUCCGUCUCUCAGUACGCAUGUGCUAGUUGACUUCGCCGCGCAGGUCCACGUCCGGGAGGAGACGGCGGCCGGAGGAUCACGUCGGCGGAACUGGCCUAUCCCUUUCGUGCGCAGGCGCAGUGGUUCGGCCAGCACCGGAAGCGCAGGGGGUUGGGGCCGCAGUGACGCGAUUCUGUCCGCGUUGGAGGGGCCGGGCAGCUGCUGGAGUCGCCGCUGCUACCGCGUGACGUGGCAAAGCAGAAGCCUAAAUCGCCAGACCCGGAGCUGCCGCGCCAGUCGUCGAGCAGGUCCUCGCCCCGUUAGUUCGCGUUCUGGGGCUUCGCAGGACACACCGGCUAGCGAGCCGUCUCUGCCGCCCUCUUUCUUCCUCAGCUCCUCUUCCUUCGCUCAGUUUGUUGGGAGCGUGAAAGGAGAAGGCCCGGGGACGCCCCAAACCCCCUUCUGCUCCUGCCCAUCGCAAGUGCCACUACUGCCAUGGGCCUCACUAUCUCCUCCCUUUUCUCCCGCCUCUUCGGCAAGAAGCAGAUGCGCAUUUUGAUGGUUGGAUUGGAUGCUGCUGGCAAGACGACCAUUCUGUAUAAACUGAAGUUAGGGGAGAUAGUCACCACCAUUCCUACCAUUGGUUUUAAUGUGGAAACAGUAGAAUAUAAGAACAUUUGUUUCACAGUAUGGGAUGUUGGUGGUCAAGAUAAAAUUAGGCCUCUCUGGAGGCAUUACUUCCAAAACACCCAGGGUCUUAUUUUUGUGGUAGAUAGUAAUGAUCGUGAAAGAAUUCAGGAAGGAGCUGAAGAGCUGCAGAAAAUGCUUCAGGAAGAUGAGUUGAGAGAUGCAGUGUUGCUGCUUUUUGCGAACAAACAGGAUUUGCCAAAUGCUAUGGCCAUCAGUGAAAUGACAGAUAAAUUAGGUCUUCAGUCUCUUCGUAACAGAACAUGGUAUGUUCAAGCCACUUGUGCUACACAAGGAACUGGUCUGUAUGAGGGACUUGACUGGCUGUCAAACGAGCUUUCAAAACGUUAAAUGAAAUUGGAUCUAACCAAGGACACAUUUGAUAGAAUUGGUCUAGGCUUGUUACAACAAAAUUAGUUUGCAUCUUGGUUAUUAAACAGUAUCUGGGACUGGUUUGGGCAGAAUAUUACAGCUUUUAAACUUAUUUUGUUGCCAAUUAUUGUUUACCAAGUGUAAUAUUGCUAUUUAGCAAUAUGCUUGGUUUUAAAGAAAUUCUCCUUAACUUGGGAAAAAAGUGUCCUCUUUUAAUUUUAAUUCCCUUAAGCCUAAAUGCCUGGACAUAGCUAUUGUGACACCUUUAAAUAAAUCCGUUUUGAAUGUUUUUUUGAGCCCACACAAAAUAAUGUUUUAAAGUUUUCCCCUUGCUACUUUACUGAUACCUUUAUCAUUCCUGGGGCGGUCUGCUGAUUUAAAAAAAUGUAGCAUUCCAUUUGUAUUUAUUUUUCUCCCUUGCCAAAAAGUUUUUCUAAUACUGCUUGUACCAGCCAGGGAAAUGCUCCAAAACACUAUUCAGAUCUCUUGCACUGAGGAACUUCUAUUUUUCCCCCCUUAUUGAACCUGGCUUUCAUCAGCCAAGCUUACCUUAGUGUGGUUUGGAUUUGAUAGCUAAUUAGUUCAGUGCUGGUUGCAAAGAGUUCAUAUUGAGAUGAUUUUUAAUACCCAGCAGAUUGUCUUCCUUUAUAUUGUAUCUUUUUUAUGUUGCAUGUUGCUUUUUGGUAUCAGCCUGACUCUUUGCCCAGUAUAUGAUAGUUCUGCUGAUGUUUAUUGUUUAUUGGUGAACACAUCUUCAUUAAGAGUUUUUGAAAAACUUAUCAAACUCAGUAAGUUUUCUUCAUAACCCAUUUGGAAUUAUUCCUAAUAAAAUGAUAAAAAUA